AAACUUUAUAAUAAAACGUUUUAAAAACGCGAUAAACUGUUAAAGUGAAUAAACUGUUAAAAUGAAUAAACUGCUAAACUUGUGAGCUCAAGUACACUGCAUACAUGCCAAAUAGCACGAAGCUAGAAUUAAAAAGAAAUGACGUAUUUGAAACAAGAUCAACAAUUUAGAAAAUAACCCAAUGAUUUUUAAUAAACAAGUACAAUUGAAAGCUUUUACUUGUGUAUUGCAGUUGUGGUUUAUUUUAAUUGUUGAUUCUUUACCGAUAAUAUAUAAUUCCAUAACAGAUAAUGUAAAUAUUGUAUGUCCACUAAUUCUUAAUGAUUCUGUUCAAAAUGGUUUUCUUCAUCGCAUUGUGGCAUGUUCCUUUGAUACUCAAAACUGCAGCUAUCAAAUAGAUGGUUUUGUUAAAAGUAUAGAUUUACCAUCUUCAAAAUUUAUAAACAGUUCGUUUUAUCCUAGUAAUGGUAUCGGCUACAUUUAUGGAAACACAGGAUCAUUUCGUUUUAAAUUUUAUAAAAAAUAUUUUUUGGAUAUACAUAAUUUUGAUGUCUAUUUAACAAUGGCAUACUAUGUUGAUGGAACAGCUUCUUGGAACUAUUAUAUUAGUAUGUCAAAUGACCAAAACGAACAUUACUCAUAUACAUACAUAACAAAGAACACUUCAUCAUCAGAUUUAUGGAAUAUACUCAAUGCAAGAUUUAAUCUAACUGAUUCUGCAAUGAAUUCUAAUUUUACAUUUAAUAUUUAUGGAUCUGGAGGAUUCAUAAAAUUUGAUGAUCUUUGCAUUUAUCAAGUAUGUAAAGAAGGAUACAUGUUUAAUGAGUCAACAAAUCAAUGUGAAGAUAUAAUUGAGUGUGCCACCACUUGUAAUUGGAUGUAUAGUAGUUGCACUAACACACCUGGAAGUUAUAUGUGCACUUGUAAUGUUGGAUUUCAAUUGGACAUAAAUAAAACAAGUUGUAUUGAUACAUGUGUGAGUGCAUGCCAUCCUAAUGCAACUUGUGUUGGUUUAAAUUGUAAUUGUAAUAGUGGUUUUAUUGGCAAUGGAUUCAAUAACUGUAAAGCUACAUGUUUAAGUGAAUGUCAUCCUAAUGCAUCUUGUGUAGGUACUAGUUGUAUUUGUCAUAGUAGUUUUAUUGGUGAUGGAGUUAGCAUUUGUGAAGCUACAUGUUCAAGUUUGUGUCAUCCUAAUGCUACUUGUGUAGACACAAGUUGUGUUUGCAAAAAAGGUUUUCUUGGUGAUGGAGUUAGAGUUUGUGAAGCAUCAUGUUCAGGUGCAUGUCAUCUAAAUGCCACUUGUAUUGACACAACUUGUGUUUGUAACAAUGGCUAUAUUGGUGAUGGAAUGAAUAAUUGUACAGCAUCAUGUUUAAGUAUAUGUCAUCGAAAUGCUAUUUGUGUUGACACAACUUGUGUUUGUAACAAUGGUUUUAUUGGUGAUGGAAUCAGUAAUUGUACAGCAUCAUGUUCAGGUGAAUGUCAUCCAAAUGCUACUUGUGUUGACACAACUUGUGUUUGUAACAAUGGUUUUAUUGGUGAUGGAAUCAGUAAUUGUACAGGUGAAUGUUAUCCAAAUGCUACUUGUGUUGACACAACUUGUGUUUGUAACAAUGGUUUUAUUGGUGAUGGAAUCAGUAAUUGUACAGGUGAAUGUUAUCCAAAUGCUACUUGUGUUGACACAACUUGUGUUUGUAACAAUGGUUUUAUUGGUGAUGGAAUCAGUAAUUGUACAGCAUCAUGUUCAGGUGAAUGUCAUUCAAAUGCUACUUGUGUUGACACAACUUGUGUUUGUAACAAUGGUUUUAUUGGUGAUGGAAUCAGUAAUUGUACAGCCUCAUGUUCAGGUGAAUGUCAUCCAAAUGCUACUUGUGUUGACACAACUUGUGUUUGUAACAAUGGUUUUAUUGGUGAUGGAAUCAGUAAUUGUACAGCAUCAUGUUCAGGUGAAUGUCAUCCAAAUGCUACUUGUGUUGACACAACUUGUGUUUGUAACAAUGGUUUUAUUGGUGAUGGAAUCAGUAAUUGUACAGCAUCAUGUUCAGGUGAAUGUCAUCCAAAUGCUACUUGUGUUGACACAACUUGUGUUUGUAACAAUGGUUUUAUUGGUGAUGGAAUCAGUAAUUGUACAGCAUCAUGUUCAGGUGAAUGUCAUCCAAAUGCUACUUGUGUUGACACAACUUGUGUUUGUAACAAUGGUUUUAUUGGUGAUGGAAUCAGUAAUUGUACAGAAAAAAGCAUUUUACUUAAACCUCAAUUAUCAACUGCAUUUUCCACUUUUGCUAUAUAUCAUUUAACUACUGCAAAUUUAUCAACUGCAAAUUUAUCAACUUUAACAACACUAAAGCAGUUAACAACAAUUACAACUACAUACCAGGAUAAUGAAUUUACUUCUAAAGCUAUAUAUCAUUCAACAACUGCAAAUUUAUCAACAGCAUUAUCUUUAACAACACCAAUGCAAUCAACAACUAUGCUCCAGAGUAAUGAUUUGACUACUGAAGCGUCAACACUAUCUUCAACAAUAACAUUACCUCAUUCAACAACUCCAUUUGCUACAUCAACAAAUUUAUCAACAAUGAUAUCUUCUACAUCACCAGUAAUAUCAACAACCCUGACAACAAUGUACCAGAUAAUGGAUUUGUCUACUAAAGAAAAAGAGUACUGUGACUGUUUGCUAAACUUGUGUUAUUAUCACCAAUCCUCAAACUACUGUUUACGUGUGUUUAAAUCAUGUUCUUUUACGUCAACAGUAUCUUCAAUAACAACAUUACCUCCAUCAACAACUCCGUUAACUACAACAAACUUAUCAACUACAAUGUCUUCGACAUCACCAAUAGAAUCAACAACCCUAACAACAAUGCAUCAGAUUAAAGAUUUAACUACUGAAGAAAAAGUGUACUGCAACUGUUUGCUAAACUUGUGUUAUUAUCACCAAUCCUCAAACUAUUGUUUGCGAGUGUUUAAAUCAUGUUCCUUAACGUCAACAGCAUCUUCAACAACAACAUUAUCUCCAUCAACAAAACCAUUAACUACAACAGCAAACUUAUCAACUACAAUGUUUUCGACAUCACCAAUAAAAUCAACAAGCCUGACACCAAUGUACCAGAUUGAAGAAUUAACUACUAAAGAAAAAGUGUACUGCGACUGUUUGCUAAACUUUUGUUAUUAUCACCAAUCCUCAAACUAUUGUUUGCGUGUGUUUAAAUCAUGUUCCUUUACGUCAACAAUAUCUUCAAUAACAACAUUGUCUCCAACAUCAACUCCAUUAAAUACAACAACAAUUUUAUCAACAACAAUGUCUUCGACAUCACCAAUAGAAUCAACAACUCCGACAACAAUGUACCAGAUUAAAGAUUUAACUACUGAAGAAAAAGUGUUCUGCAACUGUUUGCUUAAUUUGUGUUAUUAUCUCCAAUCCUCAAACUAUUGUUUACGUGUUUUUAAAUCAUGUUCCUUUACGUCAACAAUAUCUUCAAUAACAACAUUGUCUCCAACAUCAACUCCAUUAAAUACAACAACAAUUUUAUCAACAACAAUGUCUUCGACAUCACCAAUAGAAUCAACAACUCCGACAACAAUGUACCAGAUUAAAGAUUUAACUACUGAAGAAAAAGUGUACUGCGACUGUUUGCUAAACUUUUGUUAUUAUCACCAAUCCUCAAACUAUUGUUUGCGUGUGUUUAAAUCAUGUUCCUUUACGUCAACAAUAUCUUCAAUAACAACAUUGUCUCCAACAUCAACUCCAUUAAAUACAACAACAAUUUUAUCAACAACAAUGUCUUCGACAUCACCAAUAGAAUCAACAACUCCGACAACAAUGUACCAGAUUAAAGAUUUAACUACUGAAGAAAAAGUGUUCUGCAACUGUUUGCUUAAUUUGUGUUAUUAUCUCCAAUCCUCAAACUAUUGUUUACGUGUUUUUAAAUCAUGUUCCUUUACGUCAACAAUAUCUUCAAUAACAACAUUGUCUCCAACAUCAACUCCAUUAAAUACAACAACAAUUUUAUCAACAACAAUGUCUUCGACAUCACCAAUAGAAUCAACAACUCCGACAACAAUGUACCAGAUUAAAGAUUUAACUACUGAAGAAAAAGUGUACUGCGACUGUUUGCUAAACUUUUGUUAUUAUCACCAAUCCUCAAACUAUUGUUUGCGUGUGUUUAAAUCAUGUUCCUUUACGUCAACAAUAUCUUCAAUAACAACAUUGUCUCCAACAUCAACUCCAUUAAAUACAACAACAAUUUUAUCAACAACAAUGUCUUCGACAUCACCAAUAGAAUCAACAACUCCGACAACAAUGUACCAGAUUAAAGAUUUAACUACUGAAGAAAAAGUGUACUGCGACUGUUUGCUAAACUUUUGUUAUUAUCACCAAUCCUCAAACUAUUGUUUGCGUGUGUUUAAAUCAUGUUCCUUUACGUCAACAAUAUCUUCAAUAACAACAUUGUCUCCAACAUCAACUCCAUUAAAUACAACAACAAUUUUAUCAACAACAAUGUCUUCGACAUCACCAAUAGAAUCAACAACUCCGACAACAAUGUACCAGAUUAAAGAUUUAACUACUGAAGAAAAAGUGUACUGCGACUGUUUGCUAAACUUUUGUUAUUAUCACCAAUCCUCAAACUAUUGUUUGCGUGUGUUUAAAUCAUGUUCCUUUACGUCAACAAUAUCUUCAAUAACAACAUUGUCUCCAACAUCAACUCCAUUAAAUACAACAACAAUUUUAUCAACAACAAUGUCUUCGACAUCACCAAUAGAAUCAACAACUCCGACAACAAUGUACCAGAUUAAAGAUUUAACUACUGAAGAAAAAGUGUUCUGCAACUGUUUGCUUAAUUUGUGUUAUUAUCUCCAAUCCUCAAACUAUUGUUUACGUGUGUUAAAAUCAUGUUCCUUUAUGUCAAUAGUAUCAUCAACAACAUCAUUGUAUCCAUCAAUAACUCCAUUAACUACAACAACAAACUUAUCAACUACAAUGUCUUCUACAUCACCAAUAAAAUUAACAACCCUGACAACAAUUUACCAGAUUAGAGAUUUAACUACUGAUGAAAAAGUGUUCUGCCACUGUUUGCUAAACUUGUGUUAUUAUCAUCAAUCCUCAAACUAUUGUUUGCGUGUGUUUAAAUCGUGUUCCUUUUCGUCAACAGUAUCUUCAACAACAUCAUUGUAUCCAUCAACAAUUUCAUCAACAACAACAACAAACUUAUCAACCGCAAUGUCUUCAACAUCACCAAUAGAAUCAACAACUCUGGCAACAAUGUACCAGAUUAAAAAUUUGACUACUGAAGAAAAAGAGUUCUGCAACUGUUUGCUAAACUUGUGUUAUUAUCACAUGUCUUUGAACUAUUGUUUACGUGUAUUAAAAUCAUGUUCAAAUACAUCAACGACACCUAUACCUACCUUACCUCCAUCAACAACUGCAUCAGUAAAACCAACAACCCUAACAUCAACAUCCAGACUAGUUGAUUUAUCUAUUAAAGAAAAAGAAUUCUGCAACUGUUUGCUGAAAUUGUGUUACUAUCACAAGUCCCUAAAUUAUUGUUUACGUGUAUUAAAUUCAUGUUUAACUACCCCAACUACAUCUUCAACAACUUUAGCUCUGUCAAAAACAACAUCAGUAAAACCAACAACCCUAACAUCAAUAAAACCAACAACAUCAACAUUCAGACUAGUCCAUUUGUCUAUUAAAGAGAAAGAGUUCUGCAACUGUUUGCUAAACUUGUGUUAUUAUCACAUUUCUUUGAACUAUUGUUUACGUGUAUUAAAUUCAUGUUUGACUACAUCAACUACAUCUUCACCUACCUUACCUCCUUCAACAACUGCAUCAGUAGAACCAUCAACCCUAACAUCAACAUCCAGGAUAGUUGAUUUGUCUAUUAAAGAAAAAAAAUUCUGCAACUGUUUGUUAAAAUUAUGUUACUAUCACACGUCCUUAAACUAUUGUUUACGUGUAUUAAAUUCAUGUUCAACUACAUCAACUGCUUCUUCAACAACUUUACCUCCAUCAACAACGGCAUCAGUAGAACCAACAACCUUAACAUCAACAUAUGUUUUCGGUUUGUCUAUUAAAGAAAAAGAGUUCUGCAACUGUUUGCUAAACUUGUGUUAUAAUCACAUGUCCUUGAGCUAUUGUUUGCGCGUAUUAAAGUCAUGUUCGACUACAUCAACGACAUCUUCACCUACCUUACCUCAAUCAACAACUGCAUCAGUAGAACCAUCAACCCUAACAUCGACAUCCAGAGUAGUUGAUUUGUCUAAUAAAGAAAAAGAAUUCUGCAUCUGUUUGUUAAAAUUGUGUUACUAUCACAAGUUCUUAAAUUAUUGUUUACGUGUAUUAAAUUCAUGUUCAACAAUGUCAACUACAUCCUCAACAACUUUAUCUCCGUCAAUAACUGCAUCAGUAGAACCAACAACCAUAACACCAACAUAUGGACUUGUCGAUUUGUCUAUUAGAGAAAAAAAAUUCUGCAACUGUUUGUUAAAAUUGUGUUACUAUCACACGUCCUUAAACUAUUGUUUACGUGUAUUAAAUUCAUGUUCAACUACAUCAACUGCUUCUUCAACAACCUUACCUCCAUCAACAACGGUAUCAGUAGAACCAACAACCCUAACAUCAACAUACGUUGUUGAUUUGUCUAUUAAAGAAAAAGAGUUCUGCAACUGUUUGCUAAACUUGUGUCAUUAUCACAUGUCUUUGAACUAUUGUUUACGCGUAUUAAAGUCAUGUUCGACUACAACAACUGCAUCUUCACCUACCUUACCUCAAUCAACAACUGCAUCAGUAGAACCAUCAACCCUAACAUCGACAUCCAGAGUAGUUGAUUUGUCUAAUAAAGAAAAAGAAUUCUGCAUCUGUUUGUUAAAAUUGUGUUACUAUCACACGUCCUUAAAUUAUUGUUUACGUGUAUUAAAUUCAUGUUCAACUAUGUCAAUUACAUCCUCAACAACUUUACCUCCAUCAACCGUUGCAUCAGUAGAACCAACAACCAUAACAUCAACAUAUGGGCUUGUCGAUUUGUCUGUUAAAGAAAAAGAGUUUUGCAACUGUUUGUUAAACUUGUGUUAUUAUUACAAGUCCUUGAGUUAUUGUUUACGUGUAUUCAACUCAUGUUCAACUACAUCAACUACAUCUUCAUCAACUUUACCUUCAUCAACAACUGCAUUUGUUACUUCAACAACUCCAUCAAGUCUAUCAAGCACGGUUUUUUCAACAUCAUCAGUAGAAGUAUCAAAGCUGACUCCAACAUCUGGACUAGUUGAUUUGUCUACUAAAGAAAAAGAGUUCUGCAACUGUUUGUUAAACUUGUGUUAUUAUCACAAGUCCUUGAGCUAUUGUUUACAUGUAUUCAAAUCAUGUUCAACUACAUUGAUGACACCUUCACCUACCUUACCUCCAUCAACAACUGCAUCAGUAGAACCGACAACCCUAUUCAACUCAUGUUUAACUACGUCAACAGCAUCUUCAUCAACUUUACCUUCAUCAAAAACUGCAUUUGUUACUUCAACAAUGUAUUCAAUAACUCCAUCAAUUUUAUCAGGUGUGAUUACUCCAACAUCAUCAGUAGAACAAACUACCCUGACAUCAGCAUCAGUAUUAGUUGAUUUGUCUACUAAAGAAAAAGAGUUCUGCAACUGUUUGUUAAAAUUGUGUAAUUAUCACAAGUCGUUGAACUAUUGUAUACGUGUAUUAAAGUCAUGUUCAACUACAUCCACAACUUCACCAACUUUACCUCCAUCUACAACUGUAUAUGUUACAACGUAUUCAAUAACUUCAACUAAUUUCUUAAGUACAACAGCUUUAAUGUCAUCAGUAGAACCAGCAACCCUGAUCUCAACAUUCGGAGUCGUUGAUUUGUCUACUAAAGCCACAGUGUUACCAACAUUUGCUUUACCUUCAAAAACACUCUCAACGAUCACAACUUCUUCAAAAUAUACUGAUGUUUUAACUAUGGCAACAAUGAUGCCAAUUCUACCAUUAACAACUGAUACUUUAUCUGCACUAAUUGAGCCUUCAUCAAUUAUAACUUCAAUGCAACUAUAUAAAUCUUCAGCUAUGUUUAUUACUGCUUCAUUGAAACCAAGUAAAUUUACAUCGUUCUCCUAUGAAAUUUCAAUAUUUACAUCUGAUCCAUCAGUUAUAAAAACUAUGAUGGAGACUCCUACAAUAAGGAUUCUUCCAACUAGUAUUUCAGUAAUAAAUAAUGUUUCAUUAACAACAUCACCUAAAUACCCAUUGGAAGUUUCAACAAUGGCAAGUUCAGUGCAAAUUUCUACAACAUCAACUUUUUUAACAACAUUUUCAAACAGUAUUGAGAUUUUAUCAAUUGUAACUUCAACACAACUAUUUGAUUCUUCAACUAUGUUUAUUACUGCUUCAUUGACACCAAGUGAACUUUCAUCAUUCUCAUAUGAGUUUUUAAUAUUUACAUCUGAUUUGUCAAUUACAGAAACUAUGAUAGAAAAUCCUAUAACAAGGCUUGUCUCAACUAGUAUUUCAGCAACAACUGAACUUGCAUUAACAACAUCACCUAAAUACCCAUUGCCUUCAUUUGAAACUUCAACAAAAACAAUGGAAGUUUCAAUAAAGUCAAGUUCAGUGCAGUUUUCUGCAACACCAACUUUUUCAACAGCAGUUUCAAACAGUACUGAGACUUCAACAAUUGUAACUCCAACACAACUAUUUGAUUCUUCAACUAUGUUUGUUACUGUUUCAUUGACACCAAGUGAACUUUCAUCAUUCUCAUAUGAGUUCUCAAUGUUUACAUCUGAUCCAUCAGUUACCAAAACUAUGAUAAAAACUCCUAUAAUAACACGUGUCCCAACUAGUGUUUUGGAAUCAACUAAAGUUGCAUUAAUAACAUCACCUAGAUACAGAUUGACUUCAUUUGAAUCUUCAACAAAAACAAUUGAAGUUUCAACAAUGGCAAGUUCAGUGCCACCUACUACAACAUCAAGUUUUUCAAUUGUAGUUUCAAACAGUGCUGAGACUUCAUCAAUUGUAACUCCAACACAACUAUUUGAUUCUUUAACUAUGUUUAUUACUGCUUCAUUGACAAGAAGUGAACUUUCAUUGUUCUCAUAUGAGUUUUCAAUAUUUACAUCUGAUUUGUCAAUUACAAAAAAUAUGAUGGAGACUCCUUCAACAAAGCUUGUCCCAACUAAUAUUUUAGUAACAACUGAACUUGCAUUAACAACAUCACCUAAGUACCCAUUGACUUUAUUUGAAGCUUCAACAAAAACAACUGAAGUUUCAACAGUUGCAAGUUUACUGCAAAUACUUACAACAUCAACUUUUUCAACAGUAAAUUCAAACAGUUUUGAGACUGUAUCAAUUGUAACUCCAACACGACUAUAUGAUUCUUCAGCUCUAUAUGUUACUGCUUUAUUGAAACCAAGUGAACUUUCAUCAUUCUCAUAUGAGUUUUUAAUAAAAACAUCUGAUUCAUCAAUUACAGAAAUUAUGAUGGAAAUUUCUACAACAAAGCUUAUCCCAGCUAGUAUUUCAGUAACAACUGAGGUUAUAUUAACAACAUCACCUAAUUACCCAUUGACUUCAUUUGAAACUUCAGCAAAUACAACUGAAGUUUUAAUAGGUGCAAGUAUUGUCGAAAUAUCGACAACAUCUACUUUUUCAACUGUAGUUUCAAACAGUUUUGAUAUUUCAUCAUUUGUAACUCUGACAAAACUGUUUGAUUCUUCAACUAUGACAGCAAGUGAACUUUCAUUAUUGACAGUAAGAGAAUUUUCAUCAUUCUCAUAUGAGUUUUCAAUAAAAACAUCUGAUUCAUCAAUUAUAAAAACUAUGAUGGAAACUUCUGCAACAAAGCUUGUCCCCACUAGUAUUUCAGUAACAACUGAGGUUAUAUUAACAACAUCACCUAGGUACCCAUUGAGUUCAUUUGAAACUUCAAUAAAAACAACUGAGGUUUCAUUAUGGGCAAGUUCAGUGCCGAUUUCUACAACAUCAACCUUUUCAACAGUAGUUUCAAAUAGUUUUGAGAUUUCAUCAAUUGUAACUCCAAUAAAACUUUAUGAUUCUUCAACUAUUUUUAUUACUGCUUCAUUGACACCAAGUGAACUGUCAUCCUUCUCAUAUGAGUUUUCAAUAUUUACAUCUGAUCCAUCAGUUACCAACACUAUGAUAGAAACUCCUACAAUAACACUUUACCCAACUAAUAUUUCAGUAACAAAUAAUGUUUUAUUAAUAACAUCACCUAAAUACCCAUUGACUUCAUUUGAAACUUUAACAAAAAAAAAUGAAGUUUCAACAGUUACGAGUUUACUGCAAAUAUUUACAACAUCAACUUUGUCAACAGUUAUUUCAAACAGUUUUGAGACUGUAUCAAUUGUAACUCCAACACAACUAUAUGAUUCUUCAGCUAUGUUUGUUACUGCUUCAUUAAAACAAACAUCAUUCUCAUAUGAGUUUUCAAUAAAAACAUCUGAUUCAUCAAUUACCGAAAUUAUGAUGGAAACUUCUACAACAAAGUUUGUCCCAACUAGUAUUUCAUUAACUACUGAGGUUAUAUUAGCAAUAUCACCUAAAUACCCAUUGACUUCAUUUGACACUUCAACAAAUACGACUAAAGUUUUAACUGUUGCAAGUUUAGUGCAAAUAUCAACAACAUCAACUUUUUCAACAGUAGUUGCAAACAUUUUUGAUAUUUCAUCAAGUGUAACUCCAUCAAAACUAUUUGAUUCUUCAACUAUGUUUAUUACUGCUUUAUUGACAGCAAGUGAACUUUCAUUAUUCUCAAAUGAGUUUUCAAUAAUAACAUCUGAUUCAUCAAUUACAAAAACUAUGAUGGAAACUUCUGCAACAAAGCUUGUCCCAACAAGUAUUUCAGUAACAACUGAGGUUAUAUUAACAAAAUCACCUAAGUACCCAUUGAUUUCAUUUGAAACUUCAAUAAAAACAACUGAGGUUUCAUUAUGGGCAAGUUCAGUGCCGAUUUCUACAACAUCAACUUUUUCAACAGUAGUUUCAAACAGUUUUGAGAUUUCAUCAAUUGUUACUUCAACACAUUUUUAUGAUUCUUCAACUAUGUUUAUUACUGCCUCAUUGACACCUAGUGAACUUUCAUCAUUCUCAUAUGAGUUUUCAAUAUUUACAUCUGAUCCAUCAGUUUUAAAAACUAUGAUGGAAACUCCUACAACAACACUUGUCCCAACUAGUAUAUUAGUAACAAAUAAUAUUUCAUUAACAACAUCACCUAAAUACCCAUUGACUUUAUUUGAAACUUCAACAAAAACAGAAGUUUCAACAAUGGAAAGUUCCAUGCAAAUUUCUACAUCGUCAACUUUUUCAACAGUAGUUUCAAACAGUACUGAGACUUCAUCAAUUGUAACUCCAACACAACUAUUUGAUUCUUCAACUAUGUUUAUUACUGCUUCAUUGACUCCAAGUGAACUUUCAUCAUUCUCAUAUGAGUAUUCAAUAUUUACAUCUGAUCCAUCAGAUACCAAUACUAUGAUGGAAACUACUACAGUAACACUUGUCUCAACUAGUGUUUCAGAAUCAACUAAAGUUGCAUUAAUAACAUCACUUAGAUACCGAUUGACUUCUUUUGAAUCUUUAACAAUAAUAACUGAAGUUUCAACAAUGGCAAAUUCAGUGCUAACUACUACAACACCAACAUUUUCAACAGUAGUUUCAAUCAGUAUUGAGACUUCAUCAAUUGUAACUCCAACACAACUAUUUGAUUCUUCAACUAUGUUUAUUACUGCUUCAUUGACAAGAAGUGAACUUUCAUUGUUCUCAUAUGAGUAUUCAAUAUUUAGAUCUGAUCCAUUAGUUACAGAAACUAUGAUGGAAACUUUUACAACAACGCUUGUUGCAACUAGUAUAUCAGUAACAACUGAAGUUGUAUUAACAACAUCACCUAAAUACCCAUUGACUUCAUUUGAAACUUCAACAAAAACAAUGCAAAUUUCAACAAUAACAAGUUCAGUGCAAAUUUCAACAACAUCAACUUUUUCAAUUCUAGUUUCAAACAGUACUAAGACUUCAUUAAUUGUAACUCCAUCACAACUACAUGAUUCUUCAACCAUGUUUAUUACUGCUUCAUUGACACAAAGUGACAUUUCAUCAUUCUCAUCUGAGUUUUCAAUAAAAAUAUCUGAUUCAUCAAUUACAGAAGAUUUGAUGGAAACUCCUUCAACAAAGCUUGUCCUAACUAGUACUUCAGUAUUAACUGAAGUUGUAUUAAUAACAUUACCUAAAUACCCAUUGACUUCAUUUGAAAUUUCACCAAAAACACACGAAGUCUCAGCAGUGCCAAGUUCAGUGCAAAUUUCUACAACAUCAACUUUUUUAACAGCAGUUUCAAACAGUACUGAAACUUCUUCAAUUGUAACUCCAACACAACUAUUUGAUUCUUCAACUAUGUUUAUUACUGCUUCAUUGACACCAAGUGAACUUUCAUUAUUCUCAUAUGAGUAUUCAAUAUUUACAUCUGAUCCAUCAGUUACCAAAAUUAUGAUGGAAACUCCUACAAUAACGCUUGUCCCAAAUAGUGUUUCAGGAUCAACUGAAGUUGCAUUAAUAACAUCACCUAGAUACCGAUUGACUUCUUUUGAAUCUUCAAUAAUAAUAACUGAAGUUUCAACAAUGGCAAAUUCAGUGCUAACUACUGCAACACCAACAUUUUCAACAGUAGUUUCAAUCAGUAUUGAGACUUCAUCAUUUGUAACUCCAACACAACUAUUUGAUUCUUCAACUAUGUUUAUUACUGCUUCAUUGACACCAAGUGAACUUUCGUCAUUCUCAUAUGAGUAUUUAUUAUUAAUAUCUGAUCCAUCAGUUACCAAUACUAUGAUGGAAACUCCUACAGUAAGACUUGUCUCAACUAGUGUUUCAGAAUCAACUGAAGUUGCAUUAAUAACAUCACUUAGAUACCGAUUGACUUCUUUUGAAUCUUCAACAAUAACAACUGAAGUUUCAACAGUGGCAAGUUCAGUGCAAAUUUCUGCAACAUCAAUUUUUUCAAAAGUAGUUUUAAACAGUACUGAGACUUCAUCAAUUGUAACUCCAGCACAACUAUUUGAUUCUUCAACUAUGUUUAUUACUGCUUCAUUGACACCAAGUAAACUUUCGUCAUUCUCAUAUGAGUAUUUAUUAUUAAUAUCUGAUCCAUCAGUUACCAAUACUAUGAUGGAAACUCCUACAGUAAGACUUGUUUCAACUAGUGUUCCAGAAUCAACUGAAGUUGCAUUAAUAACAUCACUUAGAUACCGAUUGACUUCUUUUGAAUCUUCAACAGUAAGAACGCAAGUUUCAACAGUGGUAAGUUCAGUUCAAAUUUCUGCAACAUCAAUUUUUUCAAAAGUAGUUUCAAACAGUACUGAGACUUCAUCAAUUGUAACUCCAGCACAACUAUUUGAUUCUUCAACUAUGUUUAUUACUGCUUCAUUGACACCAAGUGAAAUUUCGUCAUUCUCAUAUGAGUAUUCAUUAUUUAUAUCUGAUCCAUCAGUUACCAAUACUAUGAUGGAAACUCCUACAGUAAGACUUGUCUCAACUAGUGUUUCAGAAUCAACUGAAGUUGCAUUAUUAACAUCACCUAGAUACCGAUUGACUUCUAUUGAAUCUGCAACAAAAUCAACUGAAGUUUCAACAGUGGCAAGUUCAGUGCAAAUUUCUGCAACAUCAAUUUUUUCAAAAGUAGUUUUAAACAGUACUGAGACUUCAUCAAUUGUAACUCCAGCACAAUUAUUUGAUUCUUCAACUAUCUUAAUUACUGCUUCAUUGACACAAAGUGACAUUUCAUCAUUCUCAUCUGAGGUUUCAAUAAAAAUAUCUGAUUCAUCAAUUACAGAAGAUUUGAUGGAAACUCCUUCAACAAAGCUUGUCCUACCUAGUACUUUAGUAUUAACUGAAGUUGUAUUAAUAACAUCACUUAGAUACCAAUUGACUUCUUUUGAAUCUUCAACAGUAAGAACGGAAGUUUCAACAGUGGCAAGUUCAGUGCAAAUUUCUGCAACAUCAAUUUUUUCAAAAGUAGUUUCAAACAGUACUGAGACUUCAUCAAUUGUAACUCCAGCACAACUAUUUGAUUCUUCAACUAUGUUUAUUACUGCUUCAUUGACACCAAGUGAAAUUUCGUCAUUCUCAUAUGAGUAUUCAUUAUUUAUAUCUGAUCCAUCAGUUAUCAAUACUAUGAUGGAAACUCCUACAGUAAGACUUGUCUCAACUAGUGUUUCAGAAUCAACUGAAGUUGCAUUAUUAACAUCACCUAGAUACCGAUUGACUUCUAUUAAAUCUGCAACAAUAACAACUGAAGUUUCAACAGUGGCAAGUUCAGUGCAAAUUUCUGCAACAUCAAUUUUUUCAAAAGUAAUUUCAAACAACACUGAAACUUCAUCAAUUUUUACUCCAAUUCAACUACAUGAUUCUUCAAUCAUGUUUAUCGGCGCUUCAUUAACACGAAGUGGUCUUUUAUCAUUCUUAGAUGAGUUUCCAAUAAAAACAUCUGAUUCAUCAAAUACAGAAACUAUGAUGGAUACUCCUACAACAUUGCUUGUCCUAACUAGUACUUCAGUAAUAACUGAAGUAGCAUCAACAACUUCACCUAAAUACCCAUCGACUUUAUUUGAAACUUCAACAAAAUCAACUGAAGUUUCAACAGUGGCAAGUUCAGUGCAAAUUUCUGCAACAUCAAUUUUUUCAAAAGUAGUUUUAAACAGUACUGAGACUUCAUCAAUUGUAACUCCAACACAACUAUUUGAUUCUUCAACUAUGUUUAUUACUGCUUCAUUGACUCCAAGUGAACUUUCAUCAUUCUCAUAUGAGUAUUCAAUAUUUAUAUUUGAUCCAUCAGCUACCAAUACUAUGAUGGAAACUCCUACAGUAAGACUUGUCUCAACUAGUGUUACAGAAUCAACUGAAGUUGCAUUAAUAACAUCACCUAGAUACCGAUUGACUUCUAUUGAAUCAUCAACAAUAACAACUGAUGUUUCAACAGUGGCAAAUUCAGUGCAAUUUUCUGCAAAAUCAAUUUUUUCAAAAGUAGUUUCAAACAGUACUGAAACUUUAUCAAUUUUUACUCCAAUUCAACUACAUGAUUCUUCAACCAUGUUUAUUGGCCCUUCAUUAACACGUAGUGGUCUUUCAUCAUUCUUAGAUGAGUUUCCAAUAAAAACAUCUGAUUCAUCAAAUACGGAAACUAUGAUGGAUACUCCUACAAAAUUGCUUGUCCUAACUAGUACUUCAGUAAUAACUGAAGUUGCAUUAACAACAUCACCUAAAUACCCAUCGACUUUAUUUGAAACUGUAACAAAAUCAAAUGAAGUUUCAACAUUGGCAAGUUCAGUGCAAAUUUCUGCAAUAUCAACUUUUUCAACAGUAGUUUCAAACAGUAAUGAGACUUCAUCAAUUGUAACUCCAACACAACUGCAUGAUUCUUCAACUAUAUUUAUUACUGCUUCAUUGACACCAAGUGAAAUUUCGACAUUCUCUCAUGAGUUUUCAAUAUUUACAUCUGCUCCAAUAACUAACAAAACUGACGCUCUUGUAUUAGUAACUUCAACUUUAGCAACUGAAUAUUCAUCAACGACAUAUGAAACUGAAACUGAAGUAUUGACAGACUCUUUUAAAGUAUUGCACACAUUUCCAGUUACACUAAUAUCUACUAAUGUUGCUAUAAUUACCACAACUGCGGCAUUGUCAGCAACAACUAUACCUUUAACAUUAAGUUCUUCAACUAUUUUAACUACUGCUUCUGCUACAACAUCAAAUGAAUUUUUGUUUACUUCACUUCAAGCUUCAACAUCAGCUGAAUCAGAAUUAACAACAUUAAUUACAGCUUCAACUGUGUUUACAACAACUGUUGCGACAACAACAAAUGUCUCAAGAAUAAUUUCUUCUACAUCUUUUGAAAUAGUUAUUCCUGCUUAUCUAACAAAUAAUAAGGAAAUUAAAUUGUUUUACAUAAUAUUGGUAAAACUAAUAUCAGGUUCUACCCUUGGAAAACGUAGACAUCCAAGUUCAUACACUUGGGAGGAAAUAGGCAAUCACACAGAUGGUUUGUACUUGGUAGGAAUUCUAGAGGCAACUAGUAAAAUCACAAAAUUCAUUGUUGGAAAAGGAUCAAGUCGCAAACGAAGAGAUACAA